AUGAGCAGACAUGGACCCCGGAGAGCCCGAGUGGUGAGCACAGUGCCUCUGUACAACUUUGACGGGAAGAUCAUCUGCAACCUAGCGGCUGACACGUGGCCUCUUGACAUCAGCGACGAGACGUGGGUGGUGCUGCCGAAGCUGACCCCGCGAGUGGAGCUGCCAUCCCUGCCAUCUCUCCCAUCUCUCCCUCACACACUGCAUCCUACAUACGUGUUGCCAUGCCCCUGUAUCUCCUCCCCGCCUCUCAGCGACGAGACGUGGGUGCUGCUACCCAAGCUCACUCCGCGAGUGGAGCUGCCGUCGCUGCCAUCCCUGCCGCACUUCCGAGUGUACCCCGAGAGAAGCUCCUCCUCCGUGGACGUCAACAACUGGGAGCAGCUCGUGCACGUGCUCAGGACGCAUGGCCGGCGCGAGGGCAAUACCAGUUCGGUCUCCUCCCCAUCGCCACCCCAUCCACCACCCUUUUUGCCCCUCCAACCCUCCCUAUUUUCCUCACCACUUCCCCUUUCCCUUUUUCUUCUCCACCCUGUUCCUCCUCCCCCCAUCUUCUCCUCCGCCCACCAGGUGGGACUCAUCACAUCGGCGCGAGGGCAGUACCAGUUCGGCCUCCUCCCCAUCGCCAACCCAUCCACCACCACCUCUACCUCUCCUCCCCCACCCCCUCCCGCCUUCGCCCACCCCUCUGCACCUCUCCCCACCGGUUUCUCCUCUGCGCGGGCGUACUACGCGCCGCUGCCAGCUGGCAUCCCCCGCCGCGCCCCGCGCUUCCCUGCGGUGCUCCCGGGACUGCUGCCGCAGCAGCAGAUGGCGCAGCAGCAGAUAAGACCUGCUCACACGGCGCCUGGUCAGAUGGCGCCUGGUCAGGUGGUGGCGCAUUCUCAGAUGGCAGCCUGGUCAGGCACGUGCCCAGGUGGCAAACGGUCCAGGCGCAUCUGGGACAGUUGCGCAGGGGGCAGGGACAUCUGGGACAGCAGGUGGCAGCAGGAGGGGCAGAGAUGGGCAGGGACGCAGUACCUGGCGUCCUUAGCGCACACGCACCAGCAGUGGGUGUUUGGGGGACUGGCGGAGCUGAUAGAUAACUCCAUGGACGCCAAAGCACCGCAGCCAGUCCCAGUUCUACACGUGUGUGACGAUGGAAAGGGCAUGCACCACGGCGAGUUGGUGCAGAUGCUGUCGCUGGGCCAUGAGCUCCCAGCGGAGGAGGACCCCCACCACAUCGGCCGAUUUGGGGUUGGCUUCAAGAUGCUGUCGCUGGGCCACGAGCUCCCCGCAGAGGAGGACCCCCACCACAUCGGGAGAUUCGGGGUUGGCUUCAAGGUAUGUAUGGUAGCAGGGCCUUGGCAAGGGCAUGGAUCACGGCGAGCUGGUGCAGAUGCUGUUGCUGGGGCCCCUUCCCUUCCCCCUCCCCCUUCUCCCCUCUCCUCCCCUUCUCUCCCCUCCCCUCCCCUCCCCUCCCCCUCCCCUCCCCUCCCCUCCCCUCCCCUCCCCUCCCCUCCCCUCCCCUCCCCUCCCCUCCCCUCCCCUCCCCUCUCCUUGGUGCUGACUCAAUCAAGGGACAGCCGCAGCAUCGCGCUGCUCACCCGCUCGCUCAACCACGGCCGGCAGGAGCUGGAGAUUCCCACUGUGACUCUCUCAGUCCCCUUCUCUAACCCUCGUUCCUCCCGUCCACCUCCCGUCCACCUCCCUUCCUCCCUCCCGUCCUCACCACCAGACGGGCACGAUGCGCAUAGGCAACGACGCGCUGGAACGAUGCGCAUAGGCAACGAUGCACUUGUGCUGACCCAGUCAAGGGACAGCCGCAGCAUCGCUCUGCUCUCCCGCUCGCUCAACCACGGCCGGCAGGAGCUGGAGAUCCCCAUCGUGACGUACAAGCGGGUGGUAUCUGGGGGAAGUGGAUCUGCUGGCGCCGGGGGAGGUGGGACUGCUGAGUGGCAGGUGGAUCUGGGCGUGCAUUCAGAGGAGGAGGCGGAGAGGCGCAAGGCAGCAAUCUUUGACUUCUCGCCUCUAGACGAGCGAAGGAUAAACCAGGAGUUCCGCAAGUUGGAGCAGGCAAGUGGCGGCAGCAGCAGCGACUCCCCCCCCACAGGCACGCGCAUCUACGUGCUCAACCUCAAGCGCCUGUCGCGUCCAGAUGCAGCGUACGAGCUCGAGUGGGACGACACCGCCCACGACAUCCUCAUUCGCACCAGACGGCCGCGCUCCCGCCCCAACCAGCUCUGCCAAGACGUGAGUAGAUGGGUCAGUGAGGUGAGGUACAUGCGGCUUCUCUUUGCUGCCUGUGUGUCGAUACCACAGCAGCCCACCAUGCGUACUGACAUGGUGAGUGCAGUGAGCAAGCACCCACCACGACAUUCUCAUCCGCACCAGGCGCCCCCGCUCCCGCCCCAACCAGCUCUGCCAAGACUCGUGUUUCUCCACAACCCCGCCGCCAUCACAGUGCAAGGCAGUGCAGAGCGGACAUUCCCACAAAUCCUGUCUCACCCACCCGCCGUCCCUCUAUCUCCCUUCCCCUUUCCCUUCCUCCCUGCCUUCCAGGUACCAAUAGACUACUCCCUACGAGCCUACCUGCGGGUCAUGUUUCUCCACAACCCCGCCACCAUCACAGUGCAAGGAAGCCCCGUGCAAGGCAGCGUCGACAUCACCCAGAACCUCUCCCAACCGCUCUCCACCACUGGAACCGUCAUGGGGCAGCCGGUGCAAGUGCGCAUGGGCAUGGACGAGGGGGAGAGGGCGUGUGGGCGGUGCGGGUUCUUCCUGUACUGGCACGGGCGGCUGAUAGAGGCGUAUAAGCGGGUGGGGCGGAUGGAGUAUUCGGGAGAUGCUGGGCUGGGGGUGGUGGGCGUGGUGGACACUACUGCCCUCUUCGUGAAGGCGUAUAAGCACGUGGGGCGGCUGGAGUAUUCGGGAGAUGCUGGGCUGGGGGUGGUGGGCGUGGUGGACACCACUGCCCUCUUUGAUGCAGCAGGGGAGCUGGGAGUGCGGAACUGCAAGCAGCGGUUUGAAGAGGGCGAGGAGUAUCAGCGGCUUAAGUACUUCCUGUCCACCCUCUUCAACCACUUCACACUCCUCUUCACCUUCGUCCUUGCAGGAUGCAGCAGGAGAGCUGGGAGUGCUGAACUGCAAGCAGAGUCCCCUCUCCCUACAAGGAACUCAACCUCACCCUCUCCAACCGCUUCACACCCCACUUCACCUUCGUCCUUGCAGGAUGCAGCAGGAGAGCUGGGAGUGCUGAACUGCAAGCAGCGAUUCGCGGAAGGCGAGGAGUAUCAGCGGCUCAAGGACUUCCUGUCGAUCACCUUCAACCAGUACUGGGAAGACAAUUUCGACAAGGACCUGCCCACUGUGAGUUGCCGUGGUUGUUGCCCCACGGACUGGCCCAUGGCAUCUGUUGGGGUGAAGAAGGAGCAUCAGCGGCUCAAGGACUUCCUGUCGAUCACCUUCAACCAGUACUGGGAAGACAAUUUCGACAAGGACCUGCCCACUGUGAGUUGCCGUGGUUGUUGCCCCACGUCGAACAUACCAGAGGGGGCAGUGCUACAGGAUCACAGGGACUGGGUGCAGUGCGACAAGUGCCAGCAGUGGCAUAUCCUGCCGCCCAGUGUCACCUCUGAAAUGCUGCCAGAAAACUGGUUCUGCUACAUGGACCCCAUACGAGGCAAGUGCAACGACCCCAAUUAUGUUGAACCUGCUCCUAACGAGGCCACCCUUGGGAUCUUGUUGACUCUUGUUGACCCUGCCCUUCUUUAA